CCUCAUUCGAAAUAAUAUCUUGACGUUUGUAUACCAGAACCACGGCCCAGUUCCGCCUCUUCAUUUGAGAAUAUUUCCCACCCCAGCAACAUGGAGCAGCAACAAUUGACGGCGAUCAAGGUCGGAUUCAACGGCGAGAUUCACCGCCUCCGCGUCGAUCUGGCGGCGUUCACGUUUGCGGACCUUGAAGCGCUCUUCGAGACCACGUUCACCUUGAACGCUGGCACCUUCGUGAUCCAGUACAAGGACAACGAAACCGACCACGUCAACGUCAAGUCGGCGGCGGACUUCGCCGAAGCUGUUCGCUUCUUCUCGACCUCGUCGGACGACGCCGUGAAAAGCCUUCGCUUCAUUGCCGUGCCGUCGACCCAAUUGGUCUUCCAUGACAACGUUGCGGAGCCAAUCCUCAAGGUCAUCGAGCACUUGGUGCAAACAUUGAACGAAGCCAUGGAAAAGGUCAAGCAGGAACAAUGGGCUGCCAAGGCCCAGGAGAACGCCCGAGACUUUGCCGCUAAAGCCCAAGAAAGUGCUGGGGAAUGGGCGUCCCAAGCCCAAGUGAACGCGGGUGUGUGGUCCGUCAAGGCCACUGAUGCCGUGCACACUACCGGUGCUGUGUUGAACGAAACGUUAACGCAAACCAGUGUGAUCGUGAGCGAAAAGCUGGCCGAAGCCGGUGCCGUGUUGGGCCCAUUGGCCUCGAAGACGGUGGAAGAGUCGAAGGUUGCGUUUGAAGCGGCCAAGAAAGGUCUGAACGAGAUUGAAUUCGACAAGAUCAAGCAAAGCUUGAACGAAAUCGAUUUCGACCGCUUCAUGAAAGAUGCCACCGAAGGCAUGAAGGCCGCGGCGGUCGUUGCCACGACCUACGCCAACAACUUGGUGAGCGAACUGAACAAACUCAAGGAACACACUGUCGAGGUCACGGUCGUGUCGGUGGACCACGAAGCCGAAGCCCCCGUGGCCGUCGCCGUCGACGCGCCCAUGGAGGACGUAAUCGAAGUGGCGGUGCCAGUGCCGGGAGCCGCCGAAUCCGAAUGGGAGCAAGUUGUCGAUGAGACGACGCCGGCUCCUUCCGCGGAAGAAUUGAAGUGGGCCUCGCAACUCGCAUUGAUCCGCGAAGUGUUCCCCACGUCGUCGUCGGACUCUGUGGUAGCCUUGCUGGAAGCGGCGAACGGCGACGUGCAUGUGGUCUUGAACCAGCUAGUCGAGUUGUAAAGCGCCAGCUAACGAUGCAUCGAAUCGAAGAUCGUGCUCAACGAGCCAAGGAGCUACGUAUAUAUUAUAUUAUCUUUUUACAUGAAAAUAUUAUUGCCCGUUGCAAUUCCACCCACGGCUGGAGGAACACUACAUCGAAGUAGAUAAUAUUAUUCUUUAUAUACUGAUAAUGUCGUUGCUCCAUUCGCCA